AUGUCAGAUCUUUUCUGUGUUAAAUUAGAAGGAACAGUUCUUCUCAAAGUAAUUCAGCACUGUCAAGAUACAGAUGCUACAGCUAUUGGCCAACUUAUAGGUCUCGAGUCAUCUAACUCACUCGAAGUCACAAAUUGUUUCCCUCUCCCUUCAAACUCCUCUAUCGGCCCUCAAGAAUUGGAAGAUUAUAGCAGAAUAAUGUGUAAACAGCUAAAAGACCUAUAUUUUGAAAAUUCCGUAAUCGGCUGGUAUCAGCGUUCAGAUGAAGGAGAAUUUUUAGACAUAAGUUCCAUUGAGUACCAGUACAACAUGCAGAUUGAAAUCCCUAAUGCUGUUAUGGUCGUCUAUGACCCAGUUUUGCUUGUUUCUGGUGGGUUUCCAUUAAAAGCAUAUAGACUCACUCAAGAAUUCCUUGAUUUUUUCAGUGAUGAAGAAUUCACUACACAAAGAGCAGCUUCAUUAGGAGUCAACUCAAAAACAGUUUUCACUGAAAUUCCUUUAAGAAUAGAAAACAGCAUGGUAACUAAUGCCUUUUUAGCACAAUACGCCCCAGAUCCUUAUGAGGUCACAGAUAAAGACUGCUUUGAGCCUUUUAUUAAGAAGCAUUUGGAAGCGAUAGAGCAAGGGCUUGAUGAGCUGUUAGAAAGGCAGCAAAAGCUGUAUGGGUAUACAAAGGCGGUACAAAAACAAAAACAACAGCAAAAAUUUCAUGAGGCUCAGAGAGAGGCGGAAAAUAAAAAAAGAGAAGAGAGAGGAGAGCCUUUGUUAGAUUUGACAGAAGGGACAGGAUCACUUUAUAGACCUAUACAGCCACCAAGUAGACUUGAAAGUUUACUUGUCUCACAGCAGCUAAAUACAUUGGGAGAAGAGUUAGGAGAAUUUUGUGGGGAAUCACAAGCGAAAGUUGAUCUUUUUAUUUCUUUAGGCCAGAAAUAA